UUUCUUUGACUUCUGCUCAAUUGGAACUAACAGGCUAUGCGUAGAACCGCCGCCUUCGACAUCUCAAUGGAAUCUCCGUCCGCAAUCUUGUCGUCACUCCCCCUUCCAGUUCCAGCAAAGGGAAGGGAAAAACGAUUGAUGAUGAAGAGAUUCCCAAAGCGCUGCAAUCGCCAUCAAAGCAGAUCCUAGCCCAGGAUGCGAACCGCUCGUUGCACCAGUCACGGUCGUUUACUGAUCUCAAGUCCCAGGAGGCGGGGGAGAAUCGUGGCAACACUAGUCAUAGCAAGAGACCACCACGCCGGAGGAGCACGUUGUUGCCCUGGAACGACCCUAAUCCGCACACACGUCAGGUUAAUUUGGAGGAUAUCACGAAGAGUCGGAUGGCGGAUUCGUGGUUCUCGGUCCACUGCGAGGGCGUCGAAAACCCGGUUUAUGUUAGCGAGGUGAUUGAGAACGCAACAAAUCCGAGCUUUCGUUCAUUUGAUCUGCAUAUGUGUGGAUCGUUGAUUUUGCGGUUAGAUCAGUUGACUCUGAAGUUGUGGGCGAAGCCGACUGCAGAAGCUGAGUAUGUGCUGCUGGUUGAGCUACAACUGCAUCUGCGGUCUUUACAGUUUCUGGGAAAGUCGUUGGACAGCUUUCACCAGCCGCUGCCGUCAAAUUCGGUUCUUUUUCACUUUUCGGAUGGGGUUUAUGCGAAUCUUACGGAUAUUCCAACGGCUUCGACGGCGUCGUCUGUUAAAUAUGCGGCUUCUGAUAGUGCUGCGUUGUCUACGUCAUCGUACGAUGCGCUAAUGCGAUUGGCGAAUCUAGACGAGUGUAUCCAAGAUGCACUGGCAACCAGGGAAAAGUUGGAGUCGCAAAUCAACUCAAUUCUGCAGAAGAACCAGCAAGCUAUAAUCACGACCAGCCAAGCAUCCCAGGCACAGGAUAAGCUCGCUCUCACUAGAAAUGCAGUUGGCACGGAACGAAGACAUCUCCGGCUAGCAGCGAAGCGCAAAGAAGAAUUGAUCGCCAGUAUCAAGGCACGGAAGGACGCAAUGGCACGUGGGCGAUCUACGCAAUACAAGGCACGGAGUCAUCUACCCGAUGCGCAGCUGAAGCUAACCUCGAGCGCAAAACUACUGGAUCAGAACACGGAAGACGCCAAGGGUCAGAUUCGGCGAAUUUCUGAAGAUCUCCUGUCCAUAUACCCCAUCGAGCCGAUUCCAGAUGAGCCUUUGACUUUUACUAUUGCCGGUCUUGCACUUCCUAAUUCUAAUUUUGAGGAUAUUGACCGGGACACUGUUGCGGCUGCUCUGGGAUUUACCGCGCAUCUCGUUCAGCUUUUGUCGUUCUAUCUCUCGGUUCCCAUACCGUAUCCUAUCAAGCCAUGCCUCUCCAACUCGCUCAUCCAUGACCCGGUAUCAGCUUCACUUCCUCAACGAACCUAUCCACUUUACCCGGUGAAUGUACAAUACCGGUUCGAGUACGGGGUAUUUCUACUCAACAAGAACAUCGAAAUCAUCCUCAACAAACAAGGUCUACGUGCUUUUGACAUCCGCCAUACAUUACCUAACCUGAAAUACCUUUUAUAUGUGCUCACGGCUGGAACCUCGGAAAUCCCCGCCAGAAAAGCAGGUGGCAUUCGGGGCCUGUUCCCUGGACGUCUGAGUCCCAGUGUAUCCCGGCGCGGAAGCAACAAUAGCAGCGUUUACGGUGAAUCCGUGCAUCCUUCCAAGGUUCUGGAUCCCGGGACCGGGAAAUUGAACGGCGACGUUAAGGGAAGGAAGAAGCCGUUAUCCCCCAUUGCUGGGUUUGCGAGGAUGUCGCAGAUGGCUUGACGGGGUGACAUCCAUCCUGGAUGGGUUUGUGAGACAUUGUGUUGCCGUCGCAGUUGACCGAGUCGUAUUUGUUCGGGUUGAAGCGCUUUUAUUUUCUCGUUACUUCGUUUAUUUUGGUUCGGGGUUGUUACCGGUAUUUCUAUGUGUUCCUAAUGGCCAGUUUUGUAUUCGAGCAUAGGGUCGUGCGUGUGCAUAUUAUGCGUAUUGCCGUAGUUGAGUUUUGGUUGUAUACAUCGCCAGCGCCGAGACCUGGAGGCUUCUGGCAUCUUGGUGGCUGACCUUGCCUGACUGUUGAAGCUCUUCUCUUUCUGACAUCUCGGUCUCUUCCCAUUUUCCUUGUAACUCUUUUAUUCCUUCUACCCCGCAUCGCUGACCAGAAAGGAAGGACAA